AUGCCGGAGAGCCGCUCAACCAUCCUGAUCGACCGAGAAGCCAAGCGACGCCGCCGCACGGGCGAAGACCCGACCAUCUACGGGCCCAACGAGCUGAAACGCCCCCGUGUCUCGCUCAAAGAAGCCGGCCAGAUCUGGAUCAGACCCUUCUACAUGCUCCUCUGCGAGCCUAUCGUCCUCUGUCUAUCCCUGCUGUCCGGCUUCUCCGACGCCCUCAUCUUCAUCUUCCUCGAGAGCUUUGCCGUCGUCUACGAGGAGGGCUGGAACUGGGGGGUCCUGCGACAGGCAUGGGCCGUCAUCCCCAUCAACCUGGCCUAUUUCCUCGCCUACCUCUCCUAUUUCCCUUGGUUCUGGCGAGACCAGGCCAUCCGGAAGGCGCAGGGGGGCGACGCCUUGCCCCCCGAGCGCCGUCUGAAGUGGCUUCUCUUCCUCGCGCCGCUCGAGCCCAUCGGUCUCUUCGGCUUCGCCUGGACGUCCUUCGGAAAGGAGCGCGGCGUGCACUGGAUCGGGUCGAUGGUCUUCUCCACGAUCGUCGGUAUCGCGAACUACGCCAUCUAUCUCUCCACGGUCGACUACAUGGUUGCCGCGUAUGGCGUGUACUCGGCCUCCGCGACGGGCGGGAAUGCCUUUGGCCGUGAUCUUCUCGCCGGUGUGUCUGCAAUGUAUGCGACGCCCAUGUAUCAUAACAUCGGGAAGAAGUGGCACGUCGAGUACGCGAGCACCGUUCUGGCGUGUCUUUCCUGCGUCGUCGUCGUGCGCGCGAACAGCAGGUUCGCCCAGGCGCUCGCGGAGGAUAACAAGGCCAACAUGGGCCGGCGCGUGAGUAGGAGUACGUCUGCGGCGGAAUUGUACAGGAGACCUACGUGGGCCUCGCGGCCGUCGUCUCUUUCGCGGCCUUCACGGCCCCGAGUGCAGACCAUGCCGGUUUGA